AUAUGGAUGCACGCAGAACCUAUAGACCCAAGUAGAUGGACUGGCUCUUAGAAUAAGGUUACUUUAUCUUGAGAACUUUCCACUGUUGCUGAAGUUCCACACUGAGUGCGUGUCAGGCAUUUUAACCUGCUAAAGGCAAGAAGCGUUCACCACAUAGUUCCAAAGGUCUUCAACUUGCCACAGCACCUAGAAAAAGCAAAAUGAUCGAACCCAUUGGGAAUCAGUAUGUUGUGGCCAGGCCAGUGUAUUCUUCAAAUGCUUUUGGGGAAGACCAUAAGAAGAAAGACAGACAUCGUAAGACAUUUCUGGAUCAUCUCAAAGUGUGUUGUAGCUGUUCUGCACAAAAGGCCAAGAGAAUCGCCCUCUCUCUGUUCCCUGUAGCAUCUUGGUUACCGGCAUACCAGCUGAAGGAAUGGCUGCUCAGUGACAUUGUUUCUGGUAUCAGCACAGGACUAGUGGCUGUGCUACAAGGUUUAGCCUUUGCUCUGCUGGUCACCGUUCCCCCUAUGUAUGGGUUGUAUGCAGCUUUUUUCCCAGUCAUAAUCUACUUUUUCUUGGGCACUUCUAAACACAUAUCUGUGGGUCCAUUUCCAGUUCUGAGUAUGAUGGUGGGAGCAGUAGUUUCGAAAGUAGUCUCUGAGGUCAGUACAACUACUGUGGAAUUGACUAACAGCUCAAUGAGUAAUGAUACAUCAUCACUGGACGAAAAGAAGGUGAUGGUGGCUGCCACAGUCACAGUGCUUUCUGGAAUCAUCCAGUUGGCCCUGGGUAUUCUGCAAAUCGGAUUUGUAGUGAUAUACCUCUCGGAGUCCCUAAUCAGUGGCUUUACCACUGCUGCUGCUGUUCAUGUUUUGGUUUCCCAACUCAAAUUCAUGCUUCAGUUGCAAGUCCCACCACACACAGAUCCGUUUUCAAUUUUCAAAGUACUAAUUUCCAUAUUCUCACAAAUAGAAAAGACGAAUAUUGCAGACCUAGUGACAUCUCUGAUUAUCCUAGUGGUUGUAUUUGUGGUUAAAGAAAUAAAUCAGCGCUUCAAAGACAAGCUUCCAGUGCCUAUCCCAAUUGAACUCAUCAUGACUGUGAUUGCAACAGGUGUAUCCUAUGGCUGUGACUUUGAACACAAGUUUAACGUGUCUGUGGUUGGGAACAUGCAAUCAGGAUUUAAGCCCCCUAUUACACCUGACGUGCAGAUUUUCCAAGACACCAUAGGAGAUAGCUUCGGCAUUGCCAUCGUGGGCUUUGCAGUGGCCUUUUCGGUUGCCAGUGUCUAUUCCCUCAAACACGAUUAUCCGAUUGAUGGCAAUCAGGAGUUAAUAGCCUUGGGAUUGAGUAACAUAUUCUGUGGAGCAUUCAGAGGAUUUUCCGGAAGUACUGCCCUCUCCAGAUCAGGGGUCCAGGAGAGCACAGGUGGUAAAACGCAGAUUGCUGGACUCAUCUCUGCCAUCAUCGUGCUGAUUGUCAUUUUAGCCAUUGGAUUUCUUCUGGAGCCACUACAAAAGUCCGUCCUGGCAGCUUUAGCACUUGGAAACUUAAAGGGAAUGCUGAUGCAGUUUGCUGAAAUAGGCAGAUUGUGGCGAAAGGAUAAAUAUGAUUGUUUAAUUUGGAUCAUGACCUUCUUCUUUGCCAUUGUCCUGGGACUCGGCUUAGGUCUGGCAGCUAGUGUGGCGUUUCAGCUGCUCACCAUUGUGUUCAGGACCCAAUUUCCCAAAUGCAGUACACUGGCCAAUGUUGGAAGAAGCAACAUCUAUAAAAAUAAAAAAGAUUAUUUUGAUAUGUAUGAACCGGAAGGAGUGAAAAUUUUCAGAUGUCCAUCUCCUAUCUACUUUGCAAACAUUCGUUUCUUUAAGCAGAAACUUAUCGAUGCUGUUGGCUUUAGUCCGCUUCGAAUUCUACGCAAGCGCAACAAAGCUUUGAGGAAAAUACGAAAAAUGCAGAAGAAAGGCCUGCUACAAGUGACACUGAAAGGAUAUAUAAGUACUGUUGAUGGCAUAAAAGAUUCUGACGAAGAGCUGGACAACAAAGAGAUAGAGGAACUGGAUAAGCCAAUCAAUACCACAGACUUGCCCUUUGAGAUCGACUGGAAUGCUGAUCUUCCUUUCAACACUGAGGUUCCCAAAAUCAGCCUUCACAGCCUCAUUCUCGAUUUUUCAGCAGUGUCCUUUCUUGACGUUUCUUCAAUGAGAGGUCUCAAAACGAUUUUACAAGAAUUUAUCAGGAUCAAUGUAGAUGUGUAUAUUGUUGGAUCUGAUGAUGACUUCAUUGAGAAGCUUACUAGGUGUGAAUUUUUUGAUGAUGAAGUCAAUGACUCAAUAUUUUUCUUAACAAUUCAUGAUGCUAUUUUGCAUAUUUUGAUGAAGAAAGAUAGCAGUACUUCAAAGUUUAACUUCAGUCAGGAAAAAGAAAGCAAAUUUGAUUUUACCAUAAAUACAAAUGGAAGAUUACGUAAUCGGGAAUGUCGGGUACCAGUUGAAACAAAAUUCUAAUCAAAAUAUAAUUCAAAGGAAUCCUUAUCUGACUAUGACAUAAAGAACUUUAUGCCUAGAAAGUUAUUGAUAAGUUCAUACAUUGUAUGAAGAAUAUUUUUACUUUAGAAUUAUGUUUCAAACUUUGGAACGAGAUUGUUCUAGCGUGGUAUAUUUUUCACAUAUCUACUAUGAAAUUAUGUAAAUAUUCUUAAUUUUAUAUCUUAUGGAUUUAUCAAAGGAAGAAAAUUAUUUUGUUUGUAUGUAUUUUUGUAGCAUUAACAGAUUUCAUCCAAGUCACUACUUUCAUGUGUAUGUUUUGCAAUGCAUUGCCUCUACCGUGUUGAAUCUCAUGAUUUAUACAGGUCACACUAAUUUAUCUCCACUU